AGGCGGUCCAUGAGGAUGCCUUCGCGCCGCCUCCAGCCCCACAUCCGGUGCCCCGACCCGUCGCAACUGCUGCGACGAAUCCAUCUGGGCACAUCAUUUCCUUGGGCUCAGUGGGACAUCCCUUCAAUUGCGCGGAAGCUUGCAAAUACGUCAAGCGCAAAGGUGGCUGCCGCGAUGGUGCGAAUUGCACAAAGUGCCAUGAGUGCUUCUGGAGCCGCAUUCCGGCAGGUGGGGCUGAUGUUGAGCAGAAACUUCCAGAGCCUCAGCUACCAAUGGAAGCUCAGCCCUUCUCAGUGGGAUCCGCUGGACAUCCCUACACCUGCUCCAAUCCCUGCAAGUAUGUGUGGAGGAAGCAAGGCUGCCGCGACGGUGCGGACUGUCCCAACUGCCACUACUGCAAGUGGCAGCGCCGCCCCAAGGAUGAGGUCCCAACCCCCAACCCUCCUCUGGGGGUCGUCAGCCAAGUCAGUGAGAACUUGGAAGCCAUGGCAAUUCCUCCUCCACCAGGGUUGACCCCAAUGGAGCCAGAAGUGACCCACACGACCCAAGAGUCCAUUGACUUGCUGUCCUCUGUGGGCUCCUUGGGCCACCCAUACAGCUGUGGGCUGGCUUGCAAGUACGUCGGCAAAGCGAAAGGCUGCAAAGAUGGAACGCUGUGUCCCAACUGCCAUUUGUGCCGUUGGAGCCGCUAUGCCAACCUCAAGGUUUUUCACUUGUGAGGCGGUGGCACAGUGAGCAUCGGAAGGCUGCCCUCUGCGCUGGUCUCCUUCCAGCCUCCCUGAUAUAGGGAGACAAAUGGAUGGGAGGUGAGGCAAAGAUCAGACGUUGUGAAGCAUGG